UGUUCAUAUUUUAAGCUAUACUGAUGUUUUUCCACCAGUCAAUCAUAGCCUCCACAUGUGACAUUUUCCAAUGAAACUGGUUAUAGAGACCGAUGUGUGUUACAAUUAUUUUAUCCCUAUAUAUUCACUAAAAUAUUACAUUUUUACAGCCUUUAAUAUCAACAUAGAAAACAGAAACAAAGCGAUGUUUCUAAAAUGGUUUGUUCAAAUUUGAGCAUAUUGGCGCCCUCUAGUGGAUUAAAAUGUUACUGCACACGCACUCAGACUUAUUUUUCACUUUUUGUUGUUUUUGUCUUGAUUUGAUGCAUUGAUUUGUGUACAAUAAAGAGCCUUAAAGAUGCACCAGAGUACAUUUAUUCUGUUUUAAGUUGUGAAUUGAGUUAAUUUGGAAAAUAUAUUCUUGUUAAAGUAAUUUUACAUACAUUGGGGAUCAUAUUCUACACAGGGGAGGCUGAAUCUGGGGCAAUUAGCGGAUUCGAGGGAAUUCAUCGGCGCACCACAAGCCGCCGUUCGGGGGUGUGACUAGGGUUGCUGGGGUCUAUAUAUAUUCAGAUGUUUUGUCCGUUGGCUCCAUGUGAAUGAGCGGAGCUGACCAGUGGAACGCCGCUGCCGCGGGACGCCUCGCUCUCUCCGAUGAUGGAUCUCUCCCUUCGCGCGCUCUGUCUGGUUGUUCUGGCGGCAUCGCUGACCCGGAGGUCAGGUGCGAGCGGACCGGUGAUCCGCUGCGAGCCGUGCGACGCCGCGGCGCGGCUGUCGUGCAAACCUCUCCCCAAAGACUGCGCGGAGAGGGUGCGGGAGCCGGGCUGCGGCUGCUGCAUGACCUGCGCGCUCAGCCUCGGCCGGAGGUGCGGCGUGUACACCGCCAGGUGCGGCUCCGGGCUCACCUGUCAGCCCCAACCGGGGGAGAGCAAACCUCUGCAGGCGCUGCUGUUAGGACUCGGCAUCUGUGCAAACAGCAGCAGCAGCAGCAGCAGCAGGACGUCAGUGACCGUCAAACCAACACCUGUGCUCUGUAAAUGGACAGAUCAUGCAGAGAUUCCAGACACCAACUCGGGCCCUCAAACUUCCUCCAGCACCGCCGGACCCACAGGACCCCUGAAGCCUCUACUCCACCCCCUCUUCUCCUCUGCAAAGGCCGAUGUGUUCAGACAGGCACAGCAGAAGAGAACCCAGAGCUUUAAAAUGGGGGGUCUCCCAGGACCCCUCAUCACCGACCCACAGAACUUCUCUCUACAAACCAAACAGGAGCCGGAGUAUGGUCCAUGUCGAAGAGAGAUGGAGAGCAUCCUCAGCAGCCUCAAAAUGAUCAACAGCCUCAACCCCAGAGGCGUCCGCAUACCGAACUGUGACAAGAAAGGCUUUUAUAAGAAGAAACAGUGCCGUCCGUCGAAAGGCCGAAAGCGGGGCUUCUGCUGGUGUGUGGACAAAUAUGGGCAACCUUUGCCAAGUUUUGGUGGGAAGGAGCAAGGAGACGCCCAGUACUACGACUUUGAGAGCCAAUAGGAGCAAAGCGGGAUGGGUGGGAGGGAGGUAAGCGGGGAGCUAAUGAGAAAAACUGUAAACAAAUGGAGGCGCUGAGGAUAUUGGAAAAGAGGUCAGGAGAUGGUUUGGUCAAUAUAUGGAUGUUUGCUUCCAUUUGUCGCCAGUGGGAUUUUUUUUUUUUUUUUUUGAGGCAAAAGAAAGAAGCAGGAGUAAACCCGAACUUCUGUGUGAGAAAGUUGUCUCUUGAAGAAUUCAUCUCAGAGGCCUUAAAGCGACCAUGAAACCGAGAAAGUCUGCUUUCAUUUACGCACAAUUUAUUGAGACGUGUGCAUGAUUGUGGUUAAGAAUCAUCGUAUGCUUGUGAUUUUUUUCUUUUUUUACGUAGACAUUGUUAUCACGAUGACCAUGAAAUGUACAAAUAAGUAUGAAAGGCCGGAUGGGACAAAAUUGUGUCCCAUACAUGACCAUGUCCGACAGUAAAUCCUGCAGUGCCUAAUGGAGAUUUCUGUGCAGCUCAAAUGUUUCCAAGCAGUGUUUAAGCCUGGAUAUCAAACUCCAAAGUGACACAGUUGUCUGUCGCUCUAGUAUUACUCCUUUGUUGUCACAUCGCAUAAGCUAAAAAAGUGAUAUUUUUUUCUGCACUUGUCUGAAAAACAAAAAAAAAAGAAUAGAUGAAUAUGUUUGCAUGUCCAGUGUGACCCUCAGAAGUCUAUUUUUACUUAAUAAAGGCUGUAAAAGUG